AUGGGGGACAAAGAAAGCACCACCGCUGAAUUCCCGAUCAGCGAUGCUUCUGCCAACCAUGCCAUCGAGAAGCGAGAUCAAGAUGUUGAAGUUGUCAGAGAAAGUGCGGCAUCGGAAGCAUCCCCAAGGAAUAUUCACGGCUUCAAAUGGGCGUUUUCGUGCGCUGCCCUGCUUUCUUCCAUCUUUCUCUACGCGUUUGACUGCACCGUCGUAGCCGACAUCCAGUCCAGUAUCAUCGCCGAAUGGGGUGUCAUAGACAAGCUGCCAUGGCUCAGCAACGGCUUGGUCAUGCCAGCCACCGCCUUCGUCAUGCCAUGGGGCCGCCUUUACGGCCAAUUCAACGCCAAAGUUCUCUAUCUGGUCUGCGUGCUCCUCUUCGAAGUCGGUUCCGCUCUUUGCGGCGCUGCGCCCAACGUCGAUGCUCUCAUCGUUGGCCGGGCUGUUGCCGGCGUGGGCGGUGCGGGAAUCUAUAUGGGCGUAAUGACCCUCAUCGCUGCCACUACCACCAUGAGGGAGCGGCCCUUUUAUGUCGGCCUCACAGGCCUCACAUGGGGCAUCGGUAUCGUCCUGGGCCCCAUCAUCGGAGGUGCUUUCAGCAUAUCCGCUGUUGGGUGGCGCUGGGCCUUUUACAUCAACCUUCUCGUCGCAGUUCCUGCAGUGCCAGCAUAUGUCUUCCUCUUGCCCAAUCACAUUGAUCCCCGGCCUGGCAUCUCUUCGCGGGCACGCUUUGCAGAGAUAGACUACAUUGGCAACAUUCUCCUCAUUGGUGUUCUCAUCUGUUUUAUCCUCGCCAUUAACUGGGGCGGCGUCAUCUACCCCUGGAGCUCAGGCCAGGUUAUCGGAUGCUUCUGCGCGUCUGGCAUGUUGCUCGUUCUCCUCGCCAUCCAGCAGGUCCGCACUAUCGCCACUACUCCGACCUGCCGCAUCAUCCCCGUGCAGAUCUUCAACAACUCCACUGUCCUGCUCCUCGUUGCCUGCUGCGCGUCAGCCGGUGCCUCCGCCUUCGUGCCUAUCUACUUCAUCCCUACUUUCUUUCAAUUUACCAGAGGUGACUCAGCGCUGGACGCCGGCGUUCGCCUCCUUCCGUUCAUUGUCAUCAUGGUCGCCUUCAUCAUCAUCAACGGCGGCCUGAUGGGCAAAUUCGGAUACUACACGCCAUGGUUCACAAUUGGCGGUCUGCUCGCCAUGACGGGCGCAGCGCUCAUGUACACAGUACGGGCUGACACUGCCUUGAGUCGCAUAUACGGAUACACGGUCAUUCUCGGUUGCGGAGUCGGCAUGUGGUUACAAGCUUCUCUCUCGGUUGCCCAGGCAGUUGUGUCGCCGGAGAACGUACCCGCUGCUGUGGGAUUGGUGAUGCUAGGGCAGUUCGUCGGAAUCUGCAUAUCCCUCGCCAUCGCCAAUACUGUCUUUCUCAAUGACGCCCGGAGGGCCAUACAGGUCAUUCUGCCGGAUGUCCCAUCUGAGACUAUCGGGUCUGCCAUACAAGGCUCCACGAGCGGAUUCCUGGAUACUCUGGAGCCUAACGUGAAGUCGCGGGUGUUAGAUGCGAUCAUUGUGGCCAUGGGCAAAGUCUAUAUUUUGGUUAUUGUGGCGGGAGGAUUGACGGCUGUCCUCAGCCUAUUCAUGAAGAGAGUCAGGCUUUUCGGGGCCGGGGGCAUGCAGUCAGCGUAG